AUGUCUAAAAAGUGGGAGAAUAGAACAAAGGCCCUGGUAACUAAGUGGCCUAAAGGGGGCACAUGGGAUGUAGCAGUGUGUGGGGAGAUGGAGACUCUGAUAAAGUAUCAUAAGGCUAAUAAGAACACAGAAAGGCGUAAAAAGAAAAGGCGUAAGGAACUGGAAGUUUUGAGGUUGUUUAAAGUAAAGGGAGAGACCCGGAGAAGGGACCAGAAAGCAAUGAGAAAGGCAUUAAGUGAGAAAGAAGAGAUGAGGCAGAAAGAAAUAUGGCCACCGUCUUAUCAAAGUCAGUACCCGUUAGUGGAAGCCCCACCUCCUUCAUACAAGGGUCAGUUUCCAGUAAUAGAGGGGAAGGUAGAAUUCAAAGGUGAGGUGACACAGAAGGAUCAAGCAGGAAGUGAGCAGAAAGGAACAGCAAGUUGUUUAGAUGGAUACAGGGAAGUGAGUGCAUUGCUGCGGCAGGCCAUGGAGGAAGGACUGCGAGGGAGUGAGCUAAUAACAGAAGGCCAGGUAUGUGGAUCUGAGAAAAAGGGAAGUGCUAAAAAGGUGGGGUAUGGAGUAAGUGGUAGUGAAGUAGAAGGGCUGACGCACCUGCUGGACACCCCUAACCCUCCAUCUAAAGGAUGGAGUCAGUUUCAGGAGAAGGAGACAGAAACAGAAAGUGAGGAAGGAGUAGAGGAUAGAGUAGUGAGAAGCAGGAGGGCUGUAAGGCCCCCCACCAGGUACACUCCGAUGCUUCCGUUAAUGGUGAAAGGAGCACAGACACAGUAUGUGCCGUGGGCAGGACAGGAUCUGGAGGGCCUGCUUCUCAGACUCCCAGUUCUGGCAGAAGGGGCCGGAAAGUGGAUAAAAGCAAUAGAGGAGGAAACUAUGGGUCGGCUCCUGGCGAUAGGGGACAUAAAGGCGGUUAUGGCUCGCACUUUGGGGGUGGACGCAAUGGAGAGACUCCUGCGAAGCAGUGGCCUGGCAGCGGCGACAGGGACUCCUGUGAAUGAUGCAUGUCCCUUUGACGGUUACCGCGCUAACUUCUGGCACCAGCUGCGAUUAAUGUUUCCUCCACGGCUGAGUGUGGUUGAAAUGAAGGUGGAGCCCAUAAAGGAGGGGGAGAGCCCAGCUGCCUAUCUGCAAGCUCAAGAAAAGCGGUGGCGCACUGAGAGCAGGAUCUGCAGAAACCGACAUUCAGAAGUCUGUACCGGAGGGCACUGCAGGACGCACUCCCUAAGCCAGUGAGAAGCAGGCUAAGGCAAGUUGUGGGACUUAUUACUAUGCCUGAAGAGCAGUACCGUGAGCAGCUGAUUCACGCUAUUGACUUGUACAGAGAGGAGGAGGACUCUGCUAAAGAGCGUGAGAGGGAGCUGACAAAGAAACUGAAUCAGAUGCAGCUGGAGGAGCUGACCGCUAAAAAGAAAAAAUUCCAGGCACCAGUGGUCUCUCCAGACCCCAGCCCCCGGGGGCAGCCUGUGGACAGCCGACAGUCUCCUGUCGCUGGGGCCCCUCAGAACACUAAUUGGUCUUCGGUCCCUGAUUGGAAUAGAGAGAAUAGAUAUGAUAGGUGGGGGGGUGACCAGAGAGCACCUGAUUUCCCACAAAUUAGACAAUCCCAGUCUAUGGGAAGCCUGGGGAACAGGCCACUUCAGCUGGUGUGCUGGAAAUGUAACCAGCCUGGUCAUACCUCUAGAGUCUGCCCAAAUCCACCCUUUCAGGGGGUGAGCCCGAGACGCCCUAUUGGCCCGGUUAAUCCAGGAGGCUCUGUAGGUCCAAUGCCAAAUAGAGGCAGGGGUGGCAAUCCGCAGUUGCAGAAUAACAGAUCACGGGGUCCGAUCAACCCGUGGGCCCAGGGACGUUUAUUCUAGGGGUGCCCAGAGAAUCCUAAAGGGGGACCUCAGAUGCCAAUGUUGAGUAAGGGGUCUGAGGCUGAGCCGAUGCUGCAGGUUCAAAUAAAUGGCAAAGUAAUUCCAAUGAUGAUAGACACUGGAGCCACCUACACUUGUGUAGGACUAAAAGAUGCCAGUCAUAUCCCCCAGUCCGCUGAGAAGGUCAGGACCAUAGGAUUCUCGGGACAAGUGCAGCAUAUUCCUAAAUCUGCUCCAGUGGAGAUUAAGAUAGGGGACAAAACUGUAAAUAUGCCCAUACUAAUAUCAGAGCACACCCCAGUGAAUUUGUUAGGCAGAGAUGCUUUGUGUCAGCUGCAGAUAGAUAUAAAAUGUACAGAGGGAGGUGUAGAGGUGCUCAGUGGACAGUACAGCCUUAUGCGACAAAAUUUGUUGUUCCACAGAGGGCAGUAUAGUUUAUAUGGGAUUGAAGAUGUUACUGGAAAAAUUUGGGACAUUUUAGAACAGUGGGGCCCAUUUAUACAGGAACAAUAUAGCAAUAGGUUAAAUUGGACACAGGACAAACAUAUUUGUUUGUUGCGAUGGGGAAAAUUCAGUGAUCCUGAAGUAAAGGAUGAGUGGGAUCAGCUGAUAGAGUCUCUGCCUGGCCGGGAGAAAGAAAGGAUGUGCAUGAUAACAGAUGGGAUAAUAUUAGGCCCUGAGGGAGUAGCCAUUCCGAUUUGGAAAACGGGAAUAGUGGGAGAAUGGUACAACAUACCCGACAUGGAGCCCCACAUAGCAGUGGCUUUUAAUUGGUCUAUGCUGGAUCUGGGAGAAAUGAUGGGGCGAGCAAAGCAGGUGGUUUGGGUGCCGACGGUGCGUGAAAGAGUGCAGGCAGCAGCAGGAGAGAAGAUGUUAAGGAUUCAGUGGAGUGCAAAGGUUGUAGGUGAUUUGAAGUUUGACAAUAGAGAUUCGUGGCUGUGGAGCAUGAUAGGAGUACAGUGUGAUGCAAAAGAAAGUACAGAGGAAUGUUGGCAGGAAAUGGAAAGGCAAGUGCCUGAGGAGGUGUGGACUGCUCAUGAUAGAUGUAGGCCUCGUAAAUUCAGCUAGUCCUCUGGAAAUUUAUCUUAAACCAGGGUGCACACCACCCUGGAAAAACCAGUACCCCAUGAAACCUGAGGCCGAGGAAGGUAUAAGGGAAACGAUAGAGGGAUUACUGGAUGCAAGGGUGUUGGUGCCUACCAUUAGCUGCUGCAACACCCCCCUCUUGCCUGUGCCAAAGGCAGGAGGUGAAAAGUGGAGGCUGGUUCAUGAUUUGCGUGCAGUAAAUGAGGUAGUGGAGGAUCAGACAACAGAAGUUCCCAAUCCACAUGCUCUGUUGACAAAUGUGCCUCCUACUGCAAAAUGGUUUACAGUUGUGGAUUUGUGUUUUUCAGUGUGCCCCUUGCAGAACAGUCACAGUUUCUGUUUGCUUUCACCUACAGGGGUCAGCAGUAUACCUACACGAGGAUGCCACAGGGAUUUAAGCAUUUGCUGCAUGUUUUUAAUCAGGUGCUUAAGGCAGACUUAGAUGGACUGAAGUUAAAAAGUACAGUAAUACAGUAUGUGGAUGAUCUAUUGUUGUGUGCUGAAACGCUGGCAGACUGCCACCAGGACUCAGUGCAGUUGCUGAAGGUUUUGGCGAAAGGGGGGCAUAAGGUGUCCAAGGCCAAGCUGCAGUACUGCCAAGAGCAGGUUACGUACUUGGGGCGUGAGAUCAGCCAUGGGAGGAAAGCUAUAGCAGCAGAACAGCUAACGGGGAUCACUAAGGCUCCGAAACCCAUGACUGUGUCACAGAUGCUGACUUUUUUAGGGAUGACAGGGUUCAGCAUGGACUGGAUUGAGGACUAUGCUGUGAAGGUGGCACCGUUGCGGGCACUGAUAAAGGAGGAGGGCCACACUAAUUUGAAGGCCUCCUUAAUUUGUACAAAUGAGGCCUCAGUAGCAUUUGAAUCUAUCAAGCAGGAGCUACAGAAUGCACCUGCUCUGGGCCUCCCAGACUACACCAAGCCGUUUUAUCUGUAUGUCGGGAACAGGAAGGACGGCUUUGGGACAGCCCUGCUCACUCGGGACUUGUGUCCUGGCAGAUGGAAGCAGCCAUUGGCAUACUACAGUAUGAAGCUGGACAAUGUGGCUCAGGGAUACCCACCCUGUUUUCAGGGAGUGGCGGCUGCCUAUUUAGGCUAUGAAAAGGCCACUGCUAUCACAAUGGGUUAUCCAGUGACAAUUUAUACUUCACAUGAGGUGGUGGACCUUAUUGACAAAGGCAAAUUUGUGUUGAGCCCAGCGAGGCAGUUAGCGUACUUUGCAUUUCUCUCUUACCCUGAUGUGACAAUAAAGCGCUGCACUACAGUAAACCCUGCAGACAGCAUUCCCCUGGAGGAUGAGGGGCAGCCACAUGAAUGUGUGGCAGAGUCUUUGGUUUACACUAAACUGAGACCAGACUUGGAGAGCUCUCCCACUGAAAAUAGCGAGAUGGUGUUGUUUGUUGAUGGCUGAUGUUGGAGAGAUGGAGAUGCCUUGAAGGCUGGGUUUGCUGUAGUUCAGGCACAGGGUGAUGAUUUUUACACUCUCGUUUCAGAACCAGCGGCACAGCCGUUUUCCGCUCAAUUAGCGGAGAUAAAGGCUUUGACUGCAGUGUGCCAGCGAGGACAACAUAAGACGGUUACAAUCUACACAGACUCUGCAUACGCACACGGUGUAUGCCAUCUCUUUGGAGCAGUCUGGAAGCAAAGGGGGUUUCGCAAAAGUGACGGCUCCCCCAAUCAGCAUUAUAAUCAGAUUUUGGAGUUGCUACACACAAUGAUGCGUCCUAAGCGUUUGGCUAUUGUUAAGUGUCAGGCCCACCGCAAAGGUCGUGAUUUUGUUAUUCAAGGCAAUGCGGCCUCUGAUGCGGCAGCCAGGGCGGCUGCACAGGUCAGGACUGCUCAUCUUUUGCCUAUGGUGACUGUAGAGCCGGACCUUACUGUUUCUGAUCUGGUGGUCCUGCAGGAGCGUGCGGGCCCCUAUGAGGCCUCAGUGUGGCUAAAAAGGGGGGGCUCUAAGGAUGCUAAUGGUCUGUAUCGCAACCAUGAGGGACUUUUGGCCGCACCUCUGUCUUUGGUGAACAUUUUGAUAACGGAUGCGCAUGGUCUUGACCAUUGCGCAAGGGGGGAGGUGUUAUGGAAAAUUACACGGCAAGGUUUCUGGGCACCUCAGAUGCAAGCAAUGGUGGAUGCAAGGUUGUCAGAAUGUGAAGUGUGCAUUAAGAACAAUGUACGCAAAGCAAUCACGGCCCCAAUAGGGCACAUUCCAGUGCCUGAGGGACCAUUCAGACACCUAGUGAUGGACUAUGUGGACAUGGGAAAGACAGCAUAUGGAAAGCGAUAUAUGCUUGUGAUUGUGGACAGGUUCAGCAGAUGGGUGGAGGCAAUACAGUCGAAGAACAUGGGAGCGAUGACAGUGGUGAAAUUCCUGAUCAGAGAGGUGAUUCCGAGGUUUGGGAUACCAACUGAAAUAAGCUCUGAUAAUGGAGCUGCCUUUAUGGGGAAAGUUACUAAGUUAGUGGUUCAACAGCUGAGAAUAAAACAAAGGUUGGGAUGUGUGUAUCACCCUCAGUCGCAGGGCAUGGUGGAGAGAGUGAAUGGCACACUUAAGCAGAAGCUGAAUAAGAUUUGCGCCACCAUGAAAAUGAACUAGGUGGAUGCACUGCCAACAGGCUUGAUGGCGUAUCGGAUGGAAACGCACAGGGUGACGCAUUUGUCUCCGCAUGAAAUGCUGACAGGGAGACCAAUGCCUGGAUCGACUUGGAGGGGGCCGUAUAAGGGACCCAGCCUAGAUCAGCUGGGGGAUGAAUUAAAGUUGUACAUGAGGACGUUAACCAAAAUACACAAAGCUAUUUCCAAACAGGAAAAGGAGAAAGCACAGAAAGAAGACACAGACCAGGAGGAGCCAGUCAUCUUUCCAGGAGAUGAAGUCUACCUGCGAGUGUUCCGGCGAAAGUGGCACGAGCCCCAGCGAGAGGGACCCUUCAAGGUGACACGAGCCACAGCAACAGCGGUACAGGUAGAAGGGAGUAAUACGUGGUACCAUUUGAACCACUGCACUAGAGUACUGCACGAAAGGCAGAUAGUCACUGAAAACGACACAGAGGAUGCAGCUGCCCUUGGCUCAGAUGGCCCUGAUGGAGGUCCCAGAGGAGCUCCACAGCUUGGGGUGGAGCCAGUUUCAGGUUCAGAACAGACUGAGGGUCAAGAGGGAGCGUCGCAAGCAGACCAGCCACUCCAGACAGGACACGAAGCUGUGGGUUCUGGUAGGGCUGACAGCGAUGAUAUUGGUGAUGCUAAUGAUAUAUCAGGCCCUUCAGGUCUGGGGGCACAGCAGGACCACAGGUCAGGUGAGUUCAGAACAAUUGACUUCACUGACUCAGCCUUGUCCUUUGAUGCUGAAUAACCUCUCAGAUAACAAUGAGCGAAAGCGGAGAGAUAGGGAGGAGAUAUGAGAGUGAGGAGAGUGAACAAAUUGUAGAAUAUACCCAGGAUGAAAUAGACCUGGAUGGAUUAGCAAAAUGUAUGCUUGGAAAUUGGUGGUAUAAAUGGGCAAAGUAUACCGCCGCUUCAUUAGAGCAGGAGGGUUGUGUGUUGUGUGCAGGUCCUGACCCUUCAGUUAGGGUAGUCCCGUUCCCAUACACUAAUAAACAGUGUGAAGAAUGGGAAAUGGAGAGGAUUAUGAGAUUCUGGAAGAGUCUGUGUCAGGAGGGGCAGGCCCAUAUCUAACCAGUCAGAGCGCAUACCAUACUGCCCCUAUCAGUGUCUGAUAUAUCAGGGAAAUGCUAAAUAUGCUUACAGGGUGGAAAAGCAUUGUGGGCAGUUUAAGCCCAGGGAAGGGGGACAGCAAGAUAUUAUGAUGAACAAAUUGAGUUUUUUCAAGGGACGUAUUUAUGAGUGUUUUACGAAUGAUGGAUCAGAGGAGUUCCUCUUGUUCGCUCCCUAGUGAGGAGAGCACUGUCCCGGCAGGCGACUAUAGCUGCAAUGUCCAGAGUGGUGGGAGGACCGUUUGGAGCGGCAUCCUCCUGGACCAACACGAAAACGGAUGGCGACAUAGACACCUUGGAUGCAGUCCUGACCAUAGCUGAAGUUCGGCCGUUCCGUGUGUGAAUACUCCGGGCGGGAGACCUGCAGCAUGCCUGCCCCCCACGACAUGUAGGAUUUUUUCUGAUUAGGACAGACUGUCCGUUAUAAUAGUCUGAAAUGUUAUUAGUGAACCUUUUACUUAUCUUUGUAUUACAUAUAUCUGUUUUUGUAUUGGGUUUGUAAUAGAUUUUGUAGUCCUGCUGUAUAUGCAAUAUAUUCAUGGGAGGUCAUUUUAUGGUGAUCCUCCCCUCCCUUCCUGAUGUACCCCCUUUGCUGCUGUUGGUUGACUCGCAGUGAGUAGUUUGUGAGCCAUGCCUGCCAUGGACCCCGAAGGGGGGCCGUGCCUGUGGCGGGCUGGGAGUGGAAUUUCCCUAGGACUUAGGGUUUUUGCCCUCCCUCCUAGGCUGGAUGGACAGGAUUGUGUGUGGGACUCCAUGGAGUCCCAAAGGGGGGAAAUAUAAGAAUAUUAUUUAGCACUAUAUAACAUAGAAUACAAGUAUUAUGAUAUUAUUAAAAAGUAUGCCAAAUAUCCAUGAUGUAAUCAUUACAAUGUAAACAUUAUAAUGUAAUCAACACAAUGUAAUCAACUGAGUAUGUAUUUGCACCUUUUGUUAGUCUGAGAUUCUGUUAGCUACUUUAUGUUAGUCCUGAAUCUAUGAAUAUUCACUUUUAUUAAUGUAUAUUUCAUCACUAUGUUAAAGGACAAAUAUAUUAUCAACCUUUUAGUUAGACAAUGUGUAAAAGGCUGAAACUGCCAAGGUUUACUACUGAAGGAAGGGAUUCGCCUGAGUUCACCAGAAGUUCACGGCUGAGCAUUUUUAAAAAACCAAGUGGAGCUGCUCGC